GUCCGCCGCAGAAUACCAGUUCCACAACCCACCCCCAACGGCCUCCUCGUCAAACUCCUAGCAAUGGGCGUCUGCCACAGCGACUGUCUCAUCCGCGACCGCUCGGAACUACCUCCAACAUGGUCCCAAGAAUUCACACUAGGCCACGAAGGUGCCGGAGAAAUCGUAGCACUCGGCUCGGAGGUGUCUAAAGACCUCUUCAACAUCGGCGACCGCGUGGCAAUCCACUGCGUUCCCGGCUGCCACGACUGCAUCCCUUGCAACAACGGCUGGUCGCAAGCUUGUCGAGAGCCGGGAAAUGGUGGCUAUGGUCUCGGACGGGAUGGGUUCUUUGCGGAGUAUGUUGCUUGUCGAGCCGAUGCUGCGGUGAAGAUCCCGGAUGGUGUGAGGAUCCAGGACGCGGCGAUUUCGCCGGAUGCGUUGCUCACGGCGUAUCAUGCGGUCAAGCAUACUGCGAACGUCAAGCCGGAUGAGACGAUUGCGAUCUUUGGUCUGGGAGGGUUGGGAUUGAAUGGUGUUCAAGUUGCGAAGCAUUUCGGGGUGAAGCGGAUUAUUGUUUGUGAUAAUCGACAGGAUGCUGUGGAUACGGCGGUCAAGUUAGGGAUUCCGCGUGAAGAUGCUUUUUGCACGGCGGGUCCUGCAUCGAGGCCGAUAUAUGAAGUCCUGGCCGAGCAAGGCGUGGUUGUGGACACUGUCGUGGAUUUCGUCGGUCAUUCCGAGACGGUUCUGAAUGCACAGCUCACGGUCAAGCCCACAGGGACGAUUGUGCUGGUGGGAGCAUUGAGCGAACAAGUGGCCGUUCUGCCGGUAGUGAUGAUCUCCAAUGUCAUAACGAUCAAGGGAACGUUCUGUGGAACUGUGGAUGGAUUGAAGGAGUGCCUGGAGUUAGUUGCGAAGGGAGCCGUGACGCCCGAGAUUGAGCUGGGCUCGAUCAAUGAUCUGCCGCAGGUCUUGGAGGACUUGGACAAUGGCAAAAUCCGAGGGAGGAAAGUGUUAAUGCCGGAC